CUUCAACAAAUAUGGGCUUUUUGCCUAUAUAGGCCUGUUUGAUUUCGGGCCUAAGCCCAUUUUCAUCCUAAAAUCUUCUUAUACCCUACUCGCCCUAAACCCUAAUUCUUUUCAGCGGUCUCUCAAAACCCUAUAAAUCUUUUCUCUUGAAUCUUCCGCACUCACAAUCCGUGCUGUUUGAGAGCUAUCCGCUAUCAUCAUGACUGCAGAAGCUGUGAACCCCAAAGCAUACCCGUUGGCGGAUAGCCAACUCACCAUGACCAUUCUCGAUUUGGUUCAGCAAGCUGCCAAUUACAAGCAGCUAAAAAAGGGUGCUAAUGAAGCAACUAAGACUCUGAACAGAGGGAUUUCUGAAUUCGUUGUGAUGGCUGCUGAUACUGAGCCCCUUGAGAUUCUUCUUCAUCUUCCACUUCUUGCUGAAGAUAAGAAUGUGCCGUACGUGUUUGUUCCAUCCAAGCAAGCUCUUGGUCGGGCGUGUGGAGUUACCAGACCAGUGAUUGCCUGUUCCGUGACGAGCAAUGAGGGAAGCCAGUUGAAAUCUCAAAUACAGCAACUGAAGGACGCCAUUGAGAAGCUCCUGAUCUGAUUGUGUAAAGCCUUAUCCAGCAUGAUGGGCCUCUGGAGCAACUCUGAGGCUUUGACUGAGUGAGUUUGGGAUCGUCUCGCCGUCGUUUUGCUUAUCUCUUGGACCUGUCUGUACCUUAUUCAUACUAGUUUAUGUACAAUUGUCACAUGAGAACUUGUUUUUAAUUACU